AUGUUGGUGAAAUUGCGCGGUCACAAAUGUUAUAUCGGAAACCUGAGGAGCAUUGAUCAGUUCGGUACGAUUCUUCUCAGCCAAGCAUGUGAAAGAAUAUUUGUUGGUGAAAAGUACUCCGAUGUUCACCACGGUAUAUUAAUGAUAAAGGGUGAAAACAUUGCACUCAUCGGUGAAAUGAAAGAAGAUGAAACCCCUCCACCUCCUUUUGAGAAGGUUUCUGAAGAUGAAAUCUUUCGUUUGCAGAAUGAAAUGAUUGCCGAACGUAGGGAGGCCAAUAAACGCAAGAAGGAGAUCCUUUCCUCACGGGGCAUUGCCUGGGCAGAACAAGAUCUACUUGAUGACCCGUAG